AAUCAGCGCGCGCCUCCCCUCAGCACCCUCCUUUUCCCGCCCUCCGAACCAACCAAUCACUGCGUGUCUCCCCUCAGCACCUUUCUGUUCCCGCCCUCCGAACCAACCAAUCACUGCGUCUCCCCUCAGCACCCUCCUCUUCCCGCCUUUCGAACUAACCAAUCACCGCGUGUCUCCCCUCAGCAGCCUCCUGUUCCCGCCCUCUGAACCAACCAAUCACUGCGUGUCUCCCCUCAGCAACUCUCUCUUCCCGCCCUCCAAACCAACCAAUCACUGCAUGUCUCACCUCAGCACCCUCCUGUUCCCGCCCUCCGAACCAACCAAUCACUGUUUGUCUCACCUCAGCACCUUUCGGUUCCCGCCCUUCGAACCAACCAAUCAGCGCGCGCAUCCCCUCAGAACCUUCCUCUUCCCGCCCUCCGAACCAACCAAUCACCGCGCGUCUCCCCUCAGAACCUUCCUCUUCCCGCCCUCCGAACCAACCAAUCACCGCGCGUCUCCCCUCAGCGCCCUCCUCUUCCCGCCCACUUAACCAACCAAUCAGCGUGUCCCCUCAGCGCCCUCCUCUUCCCGCCCUCUUAACCAACCAAUCACCGCGCGUCUCCCCUCAGCAACUCCCUCUUUCUGCCCUCCGAACCAACUAAUCAGUGCGCUCUACAGCAAACCAACCAAUCAUCGCGCGCCUCCCCUCAGCAACUCCCGCCUCCCGCGCUCUGCUCCAGCCAAUCAUAGGCGCCCCCUGAGGCCGGGGCCGGGCAUGGAGCGGUCGCCCCCUCCCCCGCCUCCGCCGCCGCCGCCGCCGCCGCCGCUCCCCGGGACCUCCGGGAGCCCCUCAGGGACCCCCGGGAGCCCCUCAGGGACCCCCGGGAGCCUCCCCGGGAGCGGCCCCGGGCUCGAGCGGGUCCUGCGGGAGGCGCUGCAGAGAGCGGCGGAGGCGCUGGGAGAGGACGGAGGGAUCCGGGAGCUGCUGAGGCGGCGGAGGGACAGCCUCGCGGGUCCCUGGAAGUGGCUCCUGUUCCACCGGCCGGUGCCGCCCCUGAUCCAGGAUGGACCCCAGUGCGGGCUGGUGGCCCUGGCCAUGGCGGGGGCAGUGCUGGCGCCCACCCGGCCCCAAUUGAGUCUGGGGGCUCUGCUGGAGACAGCGCGGGCCAGGGGCUACACCCGCCAGGGGGAGAUGUUCUCAGCUGCCCAGCUGGCCGCGCUGGCCCAGGAGCUGCUGCCGUGUCGGGCUGAGCUGCUCCAGGGGGGACUUGGGGGGCACAACCGGGCCCGGAUCCUGCGGCACCUCCUCAGGGGCCACCUCCUGCUCGUCCCGUAUCCUUUUGGGGUCAUUUCUGGGGUUUUGGGGUCACCUCUGGGGUUUGGGGCAGCCCCUGCUCGUCCCGUAUCCUUUUGGGGUCCCCCCCUCCCCAUUUCAGGGCUGCUGCUGGCCGUGCCCCCCCAGACCCCGCUGGACCCCCGGUUCCAGAGGGACCCCCACGUCCCCAACGUCUUCCACGCCCGCGGAUUUGGGUCUGGGGGCUUCCAGCCUGGGGAGGGGGCUCAGGGCCAGGGGGAGCUCGGAGUUUUGGGGUUCUUAUUUGAGGAGGGGGCUCCGUUUGGGGAGGGGGCUCAGUGCCAGGAGGGGCUGCGGGAUUUGGGGUCUGGGGGUUCCCAAAUUGGGUCUGGGGGCUCCCAAAUUGGGUCUGGGGGCUCCCAAAUUGGGUCUGGGGGUUCCCAAAUUGAGUCUGGGGGUUCCCAAAUUGGGUCUGGGGGUUCCCAAAUUGGGUCUGGGGGCUCCCAAAUUGAGUCUGGGGACUCCCAAAUUGGGUCUGGGGGUUCUCAAAUUGGGUCUGGGGACUCCCAAAUUGGGUCUGGGGACUCCCAAAUUGGGUCUGGGGGCUCCCAAUUUGGGUCUGGGGACUCCCAAAUUGGGUCUGGGGACUCCCAAAUUGGGUCUGGGGGUUCCCAAUUUGAGUCUGGGGACUCCCAAAUUGCGUCUGGGGGUUCCCAAUUUGAGUCUGGGGGUUCCCAAAUUGAGUCUGGGGGUUCCCAAAUUGGGUCUGGGGGUUCCCAAAUUGGGUCUGGGGGCUCCCAAAUUGGGUCUGGGGGUUCUCAAAUUGGGUCUGGGGAUUCCCAAAUUGGGUCUGGGGACUCCCAAAUUGAGUCUGGGGGUUCCCAAAUUGGGUCUGGGGGUUUCCAAAUUGGGUCUGGGGGUUCCCAAAUUGAGUUUGGGGGUUCCCAAUUUGGGUCUGGGGGUUCCCAAAUUGGGUCUGGGGGUUCCCAAAUUGGGUCUGGGGGCUCCCAAAUUGAGUCUGGGGGUUCCCAAAUUGGGUCUGGGGUCUCGAACGGGCUCAGUGAUCCCAAAUUGGGUCUGGGGUCACAAUUUGAGUCUGGGGGCUCCCAUUUUGAGUCUGGGGGUUCCCAAUUUGGGGAGGGGUCUCAGACCAAGGUGGGCUCCCAAUUUGAGUCUGGGGUCCUGGAGGAAAAAUUUGGUCUGGGGACCCAAAGUGAGUCAGGGGUCCCGGAUCAGGAAUUGGGUCUGGGGUCCCGAAUUGAGUUGAGGGUCUCAGAGGCGGAAUUGGGUCUGGGGUCCCGAAUUGAGUCGGGGGUUUCAGAUCCGGAAUUGGGUCUGGGGUCCCCCCGGGACCGGGAAUUGGGUCUGGGGUCCCCCCGGAGCCGGGAAUUGGGUCUGGGGUCCCGAAUUGAGUCGGGGGUCUCAGAGCCGGAAUUGGGUCUGGGGUCGGAGGUCCCGGAUCAGAAAUUGGGUCUGGGGUCUCCCUCGUACCCGGAAUUGGGUCUGGGGUCCCGGGAAUUGGGUCUGGGGUCCCCGCGGGUCGUGGCUCUGCAGGGCCGCAGCCCCCGGCCGCAGCUGUGGCCGCUGCGCGCGCUCGCGGUCAGCAACGCGCAGCUGCGGGAGCUGAGCCCGCGCCGCUGCCCCGCCCACUUCCUGCUGCCCCCUGGCGGCCUCAGCGCGGGACUGCGCGGCCGCGCCGUGCUCCUGCACCCCCUCAGCAAAUAAACGGCCUUUCUGAGGGGA